AUGGACAACUCUGACGUUAAAAUUGACAUACCUCAAUAUAAAGAUGUGUAUAUAACAGAAAAGGAUGGAGAGUUGCCAAAACUUAUACCAACUGACGAAGAUGGUUCGUUGGCUUUGGAUACAGUUGCUGUUAGCUUUCCGGGUGUUAUCGGUUUGGGAUAUAAAUGUACUGAAACUGGAUUGUUUCGACAACUUUUGUAAAUUUUUUUGAAGAUUUAUUCUAGGAUCUAUGUGUCUCUUUUUGAAUUUUUCUUGAUUUU